GGGCGCUGGCUCGGUGUCGCCGGGCUGGGCGCCGCGCCCCCGCCAGCCCCGCGGAGCCGGGUUGGGCAGCCCGGGAGGCGUCUCCUCGGCAGCCCCCGCCCCGCCGCGCCGGUGCCGAAUCGCCUCGGCCGCUCCCCCGCGGCACUCCCGGGACAGCGGCGUCCCGUCGGCCCCGCAGCAGCAGCAGCAGCAGCAGUACCCGGGCCUCCCUCCCUGUGGCUGUGCUGCCGAGGACGCCUCAUGGGGGAAUAAAUAAAUUAAUAGCCCCGCUCACCCCCCACCCCCCCCGCGGCAGUGCGAAAGGGAGUCGGCGGCCGCGGGAUUAGAUCCAGCCCGAGCUAGAGAGCAGCCUAGUUGGAGAAGAGACAAAGACCAGAAAUGCCACCAGCAACAGGAGCACCACAAUACCCUCCUCCAGAUGGAGGCUGGGGAUGGGUUGUGGUCUUUGGGGCUUUUAUCUCCAUUGGGUUUUCCUAUGCAUUCCCCAAAGCCAUCACAGUAUUCUUCAAAGAAAUACAGGAAAUCUUCCACACAUCAUAUAGCGAGAUAGCUUGGAUAUCAUCAAUAAUGUUGGCUGUCAUGUAUGCAGGAGGUCCCAUAAGCAGCAUUUUGGUCAAUAAGUAUGGUAGCCGGCCAGUUAUGAUAGCAGGGGGUAUCCUGUGUUCAUUUGGUAUGAUUGCUUCCUCGUUCUGCAAUAGCGUCUUGGAGCUUUAUCUAUGUAUUGGGGUCGUUGGAGGUCUGGGUUUGGCAUUCAACUUACAACCUGCCUUGACCAUGAUCGGCAAGUAUUUCUAUAAAAAGCGUCCCAUUGCUAAUGGACUGGCCAUGGCUGGAAGUCCAGUGUUUUUGAGCACAUUGGCACCUCUCAAUCAAUUCCUCUUUAAUGCAUUUGGCUGGAAAGGAAGCUUUCUCAUUCUGGGAGGACUUCUUUUGAACUGCUGUGUGGCUGGGUCACUUAUGAGACCUGUUGGACCAAAACCAAUCCCUCCUGUCAAAAAAGAUGUUGAAAAAGGCACAGGAGAUUCUACCUUGCACAAAAACAACAAGAAGUCUUUUUGGCAAACUAUCAAUAAAUACCUAGAUCUAUCCCUAUUCAAACACAGAGGGUUUCUGAUCUAUUUGUCAGGAAAUGUCAUUAUGUUUAUUGGUUUCUUUGCUCCAAUAGUAUUCUUGGCUCCUUAUGCCAAGCACAAGGGAAUUGAUGAAUAUUCUGCUGCUUUUUUACUAUCUAUUUUAGCCUUUGUAGACAUGUUUGCUAGGCCUUCAAUGGGACUUGUAGCAAACUCCAAAUUUAUCCGGCCAAAGAUCCAGUACUUUUUCAGUUUUGCCGUCUUCUACAAUGGCAUUUGUCAUAUCUUGUGUCCUCUGGCAACAAACUACACUGGCUUGGUGAUAUAUGCUGUAUUUUUUGGGUUUGCAUUUGGAAUGGUUAGCAGUGUUCUCUUUGAGACACUGAUGGACCUUGUUGGGGCUGCCAGAUUUUCCAGUGCGGUUGGACUGGUCACCAUUGUGGAAUGCUGCCCUGUGCUCAUAGGCCCUCCUCUAGGAGGUUGGUUAGUGGAUGUUACUGGUGAAUAUCAAUACAUGUAUUUUGUGUGUGGAGUGAUUGUGAUUGUGGCCAGCAUCUGGUUGUUCAUUGGCAAUGCCAUUAACUAUAGGCUUUUGGCAAAAGAAAAGAAGUUAGAAGAUGAGAAGAAGAAAGCAGAGAAGAAUGCUGACUCAAAGGAGGCAGAACCAUUAACAAACAAUGAGAACGAAGAUGCUGCCAGUAGAGCAGACAAAGCUCUUGAAGAUCCUUCAGAAAGAGAAACCAAUAUUUAAUCUGCAAUGUAGCUCAAAAGGCAACAUUUAUGACUUCCAUUAGAAAUAUGCCUUCAACACACAGGCCAGGUUUUCUGGUAAUAACGAUCAGUCAUGAUAUUGGAUGGGAACAGAUUUUUGCCCCAUGGCAGGACUCCAAGUUAAAUUACUAUCUACAGUUUAUUUAUUUCAAAGAUACAAAAUUGAGAUUACAGAUGUAGUGACUCCAUGCAGUGAGCCCAUCCAAACUAUGACUCUGGACAAGCAAGAGUCAGGUAAACCACAGAUAAGACUUCCAGUGACAGUUUUGUUUCAAAAGUACAUCUAAUGCAAAAGUCUCUCUUGCUCUUAUAUGGGAGGAUACUUUUUGUUCAUCCUUAUUGUUAAUGUCUGCAAAAAAAAUCUGCCAAAACUGUACUUACCACUUACGUCAAAAAACAAUAUAAGCUCAAAGGCUGGUUUCAAAGGAGACAAGAGUACCUGAAUAAAGCACAAUGGAAACCUUUUUUUCUCAUUUUUCUCAUAGAUCAAAAUAUACAUUAUGCCCAUAUAAAGAAUUAUAAUAUGGAUGUAAAAGUUAAGGUUGGAAGACAAACAACUGGUGGGCACCAUCUCUAAAAUGCAAUAAACAGCUGAAUUAGAAAAUAU